AUGGAGGCCCUGGGCCCUGGGGGCGACCGCGUCUCUCCAGCUUCCUCCACGCGCAGCCUGGACCUGCGGCGGCUGUCGGUGCGCGCCGACUCGGCCUACAGCUCCUUUUCGGCGGCCUCGGGCGGUGCAGAGUCGCGCACGCCGUCGCCGGAGACCGACCUCCUCCCGUACUUAGACUGGGACUACGUGCGCGUGGUGUGGGGCGGCCCGGCCUCCGCCUCUGCCGCCACCGCCCUUCGCGCCUCCCCGCCGCCCGGGGCCGCGGCCGCCGCGCGCAGAGGGCCGCGGCCGCCACAGGUCCCGGAGGUCCCGGGGCCGCUCAGCAGGCAGGCCACCCCGCUGCUGUACGCGCUGGCAGCCGAGGCGGAGGCCGCAGCGCGGGCCGCCGAGCCGCCCAGCCCACCGGCCUCGCGGGCUGCCUACCGCCAGCGGCUGCAGGGCGCGCAACGGCGAGUCCUCCGGGAGACCUCCUUCCAGCGCAAAGAGCUCCGCAUGAGUCUGCCGGCCCGCCUGCGGCCCGCGACCCCCGUGCGGCCCCCGGCGGCGCACCCGCGCUCCGCCUCGCUGGGCCACCCAGGCAGGGAAGGGGAGCCGGCUCGCUCCGGGGCUCGCGCGCCUGGAACCGCAGGCCGGGGCCACCUUGCCAACCAGCAGCAGAAGUGGUGCUUCUCUGAGCCAGGGAAGCUGGAUCUCAUGGGUCAGGGUGGUGGGAUGGUCGGGGAAUGCUUGGGUGGUGCCUGCUCCAGCUUUGGACUCGCCAGGCCUGAGACCCAGGAAUUGCAGCAUCAGAUCCUGGCUGAGUUCGAAGGUCACCAGAUCAGAUGGCUAAGAGGCACAGAGGACCUAGAACCCCGGUCCUUGAAGCUCGACAACAUCUACAGGCCUGCUGGAAGGAGUCACAGCGCUUCAGGGGAAGCUUUGGGUCCCUGGGGAGGUACUGGAGGGCCCAUGCCCAUCGUCCAGGCAGUUCCUCAAGGAACAGAACUCCCCAGACCAUUGUUUCAGACCAAACAUUCCAGGUUCCUGACUCAGAAGGAAGCUACAGUGUUGUGUCCUGGAGAGGGUCCCCAGAGCAGUCCCAUUGACUGUGAGCACAGGGUCCCAGAGACGUGCAUUGUGUCUGCCCGGCUCCCCUCCCUUCCUGAUGAUGAUGUCUUCCUGGAAGAAGCCCUGCUGGUCAGAAUGAGAUCACCUCCAGACUCCCAUGCCCCACUUGGGCUCCCAACCAGUGUCCAUGCCGCUAACCUACAGUAUGGAGCUGGCUUGGGCCAAAGGCCAGAUGGAGCUACAGUUCUCCCAGAGCACUCCGUCCAUGAGUGCCCAGAGACUACAGAGGCAGAUGACUGCUGGCCCACAUGCUGUAGCCCCCCUGGGACUGCAAAUGGUGACAUCCCAACCACUGACUCCACUGGACUGUUGACGACUGACUUCCCUGUAGCUGCAGACUCCCUCAAACCUCUCCCAGUUGAUGCCCUGGGACCUCCAGGCAGUGAUCACCAAGGGCCUCCUAAUGAUACUGCCCUGGCUUGGGGCACUGUCCAGCCUGGUUCCAGUCUGCGCUUGGAGGAGCUGGUUCAGGAGCUUGCCAGACUGGAUCCCUCUCUGAGUGACACUCUCACCUCCUAUCCCAUCCCAGAGCCACCUCUGGAUGUGCUGGAUGGGUUGAUUCCUUUAGCUGAGGUUUGGGCUGCAAUGCGGCUGGCCUGUGGCAAGUCUGGAAAGGAGGCUGCUGCUAUUUCUGAGCCUGGCUCUGGCUUUAUCUCCGGGUCUAUUCUGUUUAGCUCCAUCCAGCUCCUGCCAACUUCUCAGGAGCAAACAAGGCCUGAAAACCUUACCACCCACCCUGUGCCUGACCAGCCACGUGCCCAGGGUCUGCCGGAGCAAAACAACAGCAUCCAAGCUAAGAAAGUGGAGCUAGCAGAUCUCCUCCAAAAGAUGCUGUGGGACCUUCAGGAUGAGCAGGAGCAGCUGCAGAGGGCAGCCCAGACCUGGGCCAGGCGCGGGGUUGCGCUGGAGGCCGCGGUAGGCCAGGCCUGUGCACCCCGCGAGCUAGAGCGGUUCACCCGGUUCAUGGCCGACCUAGAGCGCGUGCUUGGCCUCCUGCUGCUACUGGGCAGUCGCCUGGCUCGCGUGCGCCGCGCCCUGGCCCGAACGGGGACAGACGGGGACCCUGAUGAGCAGGCUUCUCUGUUGCAAAGACUCGGGCUCCUGCAGCGGCAGCAGGAGGAUGCCAGGGAGCUGAAGGAGCACGUGGCGAGGCGCGAGCGGGCCCUGCGCGAAGUGCUGGUGAGGUCACUGUCCGCCGGAGAGCUGCGUGCCUACUGCGCCCUCCUGGCCGGCAAGGCCGCGGUCCUAGCCCAGCAGCGCAGCUUGGACGAGCGGGUCCGGCUUCUUCAGGACCAACUGGAUGCCGUCAGGAGCCGCCUUGGCCAUCAACUUCCAUCUCCCCGGCCGGCCUCUCCCCCCGGAACCCGUUCUCCGGAUAAACCGCCGUUCUCCCCUCUGCUUAUUUAG